AUGGCAAAAAGAGAAACUUGCUUAUGGAUAUUUCCUGUUCGAUGGGCAGUGUUUGUUAUAUCAUUCCUCGUAGCUGGUGUAUCAGGUGCUUUUAUCGCCAUCACAUUUUUACACAGAAAUCCCAUGAUGAUCCAUCUUGCUGUUAUCCAUGCGGCGCUGCCUUGGGUGUACAUUAUCAUUUUAGCCGUUACUGGAGUGAUUGGCAUCUUUGGUCUAUUAGCCAGUCUUUCUGGAAGUCAUGGAUUUAUGGUCAUGUACAAAAUCAUGUUCUGGUUAAUGACGUUUUUGAUUGUUUACAUUUGGCAAAUCAUUAUAUUCAUUUUGGCCCUUGUGAACCGAGCAAAGACAACAGAAGCGUGUAACAAAGCGAAUCCCAACCAAGAUUACAGCCAAAAUGACAAUGCCAAUGUUACCAUUGAAGGAUACACAACUACUUUAUUGGGCUUGAAUUACGGUGAAACCUAUGGCCUUGCUAAUUGUGAUCAAGCAGUAGAGGCAGGUAUCAUUGGGAUUGCCAUCUGCCUAUUUGUAGGCGGGCUAUUUAUGACUUGGUUUGCAUUCACCGUCAACAAAUGUGCCAGAAGCUUAGAUACCAACAGUAUGGGAUCCCGAGCUAGAAAUGCUCGAUGGGAUGAUGAUUUGGACGAACUGCAAUCCGCCUAUGCAAAGGACAGAAAAAACGCACCCAAAUACCCUUUGAAGGACAUGAAUGGACCUAGUAAAUUUUCGAGGGGCCUCAUGAAGAUGAAACUUAAAAAGAGCCGUAAAUAA